AUGUCUUUGGAAUUAGCAAAGAAAAUUAAUAUGAUUCAGUCGGAUGAAGAAUUUUUUAAACUAAUUAAAGUUACACCAAACGAACUAUCUUAUUCGGUUGGGCUUACAGAUCGAUUCGGCGGGGCGGAGCGAUCUAGCCCGAUAAAGCCAAAGCCAGCGAUAUGCAUGCCAGAGCUGCAGGUAGUACCGGUAAAGGAAAAUCCGGAUCCAGGAGCAAUUUACUUCCCAAACUGCAUACGCAUCAAACGCUGCGGCGGAUGCUGCAAUCACGAACUUCUCUCCUGCCAACCCACGGCUACCGAGAUACAUAAUUACCAGAUUCACGUGACGAAAAUUUCGGAAGACUUAGCACAAUACAAUGUGUAUAAGGAAAUCGUGCCAUUAGAGGAACAUACCGAAUGCUUUUGCGGUUGCAAAGUAAACGAAAAUGACUGCACUGAUAAGCAGUAUUACAACAAGGAUGAGUGUAGAUGCAUCUGCAAAAGAUUAGAUGAAGAGGAUAAGUGUCGUCAGCACAUCGAAAAAAAGUACUGGAAUCCAGACCAAUGCUCCUGUCAAUGUCGUAAUGUCGAGGAAUGUUCUACCGGCUUUUACUUCGAUCAUAAUCUAUGCAGUUGCAAAAUUCUGCCGUUAUCGAGACAUUGGUUCGACGACGAGAAAAGAACCGGUUAUAACUACAAGCAGCCUGGAAAACCUAAAGAAUCACCACCAGUCAUUGUUACCUUAGAUGCUAGUGAUCCAAGAAGAAAACAUAAAGAUGAACCUCGAUUUAAAUGAUUUUGAACGUAAUGAAUACAUAAACUAUUACCUUUUAGUGGAAAUAGUUAUAUAUACAAUUAUAAACGUUUAUGGCGUUUCUUAGCAGAUUUUAUGAUAUAUAUUCUAAUUUUAUACGUACAAAGAGAUACACCUACUG